UGAGGCAAUUAAUCUUGAAUCUUUUCACCCAUGUUCAGCACCUGCCCCUUUGUCUGUACACCACACACCAGAGCACAAAGCCAUCACUAACCACUCACCAUGUGCAGAUUAGAGAAGACGGCCAACAACAUCUUCGUUUUAACAUUAACCGGCGACAAUGAGCACCGUUUAAACCCCACUCUUAUCGGCUCUAUCCUUUCCGCUCUUCGCGAAGCCAAAGUGCAAGCCACUAGUGGCUCGGUUCUCAUCACCACAUCACAAGGGAAGUUCUUCUCCAACGGCUUAGAUCUAGCCUGGGCUCGUGCCGCCGGUUCCAAGCCCAAAGCCAUCGAGCGCCUCACCCACAUGGUGAAACUGUUCAAGCCGGUGGUAGCCGAGCUGAUUUCUCUCCCUAUGCCAACCAUCGCCGCCGUCAACGGCCACGCAGCCGCCGCGGGGAUGAUCCUGGCUCUGAGCCAUGACUACGUCUACAUGAAGAGGGAUAGAGGUGUGCUAUACAUGAGCGAGGUUGACAUCGGGCUAACGAUACCUGAUUAUGUCAAUGCCCUUUUUAGGGCUAAGAUCGGAUCGCCUUCUGCUCGACGCGAUGUGCUGUUGAGAGGAGCAAAGGUUAGGGGAGACGCCGCGGUGAGGAUGGGGAUCGUGGAGGGGGCCCACGAUAACGAGGAGAGGUUGAGUGGGGCUACAAUGCGCCAUGGAAUUCAGUUGGCAUCGAGGAAGUGGAAUGGCGAGGUUUACAAGGAGAUAAGGAAGAGUCUGUAUCCUGAGCUAUGUGUCGUGCUUGGAUUGGGUGAUGCAAAAGUAAUUGCAAAACUCUAAGGAAAACGAAAAGACUUUAUUAUUGUGUCUUAAAGAUAGACGAUGAUUCGUGUACCCAUUUUAGUAUUUGCUGGGAGUGUGAUUUAGUAUUUUCUGGAAUAAUAUGUAUUUAAAAAAAUUU